AAUAAGGUCUAGGAAACUGCAGGGGGAAAUAAAAUAUACGGUGUAAUAAAAUAUAACAAAAACAUAUUAUAUAGUUGUGAAGACCAGUGCAGUUCUGGAAAACCACUGAGCGAGGAAGGGUCAAUGGCAGGUAAUGCACAGUGAGCACUGCGGGGGGCCAUGUCAGAAGAGGCGAGCUCAGGGAGCGAUGCGGACCUGGACCUGGAUCCCAACCUGGGUGGCGAGGAAGAGGAAGAGGAGGAGAUGGAGGAGGACGACAACGAUGGGGACGACGAAGAGGACGUGAAUGACAAAAGUGACCAGCCUCAGACCUCCCCUUGCAGCACAGAGCAGGAUCCGCAGAGCGAUGGCACAGGCUGGCAGAGCACCACGCCAACUAUCUCACAGCAGGGCGAGCUGCCCGUGCCCAGCAAGAGCACGCCCGCCCACAGCGCCAAAAAGAAGAAGAGGGCGGCGCAGAAACCGCCUCACAUGAGGAGGAACAUCAGAAAGCUCUUGCGGGAGCACCAACUUGAAGCGGUAACCAAAGCUGCCCAGCAAGAGGAGGCGGAGAGGCGGAAACGGCUGGACCAGCAGAGGAAAGACUACCCAGUGCCUGACUGUAUACAAGGGGAAGUAGUUCCGAGGACUGACGAGGUUUCCCAACGCACACCCCAUGCCACCAAGCAGGAUGUAAUCUGCCUGGACAGCAGCAACAGCAGUGGGAGUGCCAGUGAGGAUGACACCAAGAGAAUGUUGCACAGCAUUAGGGAUGAUGUGAUCGAGUUGAGCUCGGGGGACGAGGAGACCCUGCAGAUCAGCAGCGAGUCGACCAAUGAGGAGGAGGAGGAGGGGGGUGCGGGCGGCUCGGAGGAGAGCAGUGGGGCGCACAUCAACGACGCACUCAACCGCCCUGACACCCAGGGCCGUGUCCUGGUCAACAUCAACCACCCGUCGGGAGAGAAGGACCUCUACCUAGCCCCGCAGCUGGCACGGGCCGUCAAGCCACACCAGAUUGGUGGGAUUCGUUUUCUCUAUGAUAACCUGGUGGAGUCUCUGGAGCGCUUUGAAACCAGCAGCGGAUUCGGCUGCAUCCUGGCGCACAGCAUGGGCCUCGGCAAGACCCUGCAGGUCAUCUCCUUCGUGGACGUCCUUCUGCGCCACACCGCUGCUCGGACCGUGCUCGCCAUCGUGCCUGUCAACACGCUGCAGAACUGGCUAGCUGAAUUCAACAUGUGGCUGCCAGCCCAAGAGGCCCUUCCUCAGGACUAUAACCCAGAGGAGAUCCUGCCCCGCACUUGCAAAGUCCACAUCCUCAACGACGAACACAAGACAACAGCAGCUCGAGCGAAGGUGAUCAGUGAUUGGUCAACGGGUGGUGGCGUGCUGUUGAUGGGCUAUGAGAUGUACCGGCUGCUCUCGCUCAAGAAGAGCUUUGUCACGGGGAGGAAGAAGAAACCCAAGAAGCCCGCGGGUCCAGUCAUCAUUGACCUAGAUGAAGAGGACAGGCAGCAGGAACUGCUGAAAGGGAUGGAAAAGGCUCUGUCGAGGCCGGGCCCAGACGUGGUGAUCUGUGAUGAGGGGCACCGCAUUAAGAACUGCCACGCCAGCACCUCGCAGGCCCUGAAGAGCAUCCACACUCGGCGCAGGGUGGUGCUGACGGGCUACCCGCUGCAGAACAACCUCAUCGAGUACUGGUGCAUGGUGGACUUCGUGCGGCCCGACUUCCUGGGCACAAGGCAGGAGUUCAGCAACAUGUUCGAGAGGCCCAUCCUCAACGGGCAGUGUAUGGACAGCACGCCCCAGGACAGGAGGCUCAUGAGGUACCGCAGCCACGUGCUGCACAGCUUGCUGGAGGGGUUCGUGCAGAGACGGGGUCACGACGUGCUGCAAAACCACCUCCCAUCCAAGGAGGAGCACGUGAUCAUGGUGCGUCUGUCCCCGAUCCAGAGGGCCCUCUACACAGAGUUCAUGGACCGCUUCCGAGAGGCGGGCAACAGUGGCUGGCUGGGGCUGAACCCUCUAAAAGCAUUCUGUGUCUGCUGCAAGAUUUGGAACCACCCGGACAUUCUGUACGAGGUCCUGCAGAAGCAGAAUCUGGCCAAUGAGCAGGACCUUGACCUGGAUGACAUCACCACGUCUAACAACCGCUGCCAUCCCCAAGGGAUAAAGCCCAAACCGGAGCCCAGCGCUGCAGCCGGGACAGAUGCUUCCAACAGCAAGUACAACCUGGGGGCGAUCAGCCUGGGCGCCAUGCAGGAGAAGGCUAACCAGGUCCUGACCUACGAAUGGGCGAAAGACAUCAUGACGGACUACCAGACGGGAUUGCUGGAGAACUCGGCCAAAAUGGUCCUGCUGUUUCACCUUAUAAAGGAGAGUGUCAGCCAGGGAGAUAAAGUCCUUGUCUUCAGCCAAAGUCUCUCUACCUUGUCUGUGAUUGAGGCGUUUCUGGCUAAGAGGCCCAUGCCAGACUCACUGGGGACGGAAGGGCAGGGCUGCAACUGGGUGCGAAAUGUCAACUACUAUAGGUUGGAUGGCAGCACCUCGACUUCAGAAAGGGAGCGGUUGAUAAACCAGUUCAAUGACCCGCAGAAUGACAAAGCUUGGCUCUUCCUGCUGUCCACACGGGCGGGGUGCCUUGGCGUGAACUUGGUGGGCGCUAAUCGGGUGGUGGUGUUCGACGCCUCCUGGAACCCGUGUCACGAUGCCCAGGCCGUGUGCCGGGUCUACCGGUACGGGCAGAAGAAGCCCUGCCACAUCUACCGUCUAGUGUCUGACUACACCCUGGAGAAGAAGAUCUACGACCGGCAGAUAUCCAAGCAGGGCAUGUCAGACAGAGUGGUGGAUGACCUGAACCCUGUGAUGAACUUCACCCGACGGGAGGUGGAGUCCCUGCUGCACUUUGUGGAGGAGGAGCCGGCCUCAGCCAAGGUCCACCUGGAACCCAGCGAGCACCUGGAGAGGAUCCUGCAUGGAGCCUACACCCUGUACCCCCACUUAAUCACCAAGCAACCCUUCCAGCACGAGUCUCUGCUGGUGGAUCGCAAGGAGCAGAAGCUCACCAAGGCAGAGAAGAAGGCAGCAAAGAAAAGCUACGAGGAUGAAAAGCGGGCGAGUGUGCCCUACACCCGCCCGUCCUACGCCCACUACUACCCAGCCAGUGACCAGAGUCUCACCAACAUCCCUGCAUUCAGCCAGAGAAACUGGCGGCCCCCUCCUCGGCUGGAUGAGAAGCCAGUAGCCAGUGUCCGGCCGGUCCAGUCCACUCCCAUUCCCAUGAUGCCUCGGCAGGUUCCCAUGGGGGCGAGCUCCUCCAUCGCCGGGACCAGCUCAGCGCUCAACUUCCCCGUCAACUUCCUGCAGCAAGCCGGUGUGCUUGUGCAGAAGAUCGUCACCACCACAGAUAUUGUUAUUCCAGGAACUAACAGCUCAACUGAUGUUCAAGCUCGGAUUAGUGCUGGAGAGAGUAUCCAUGUUAUCAGAGGAACAAAAGGGACCUACAUCCGCACGAGCGAUGGAAGGAUCUUUGCUGUUCGAGCAGCAAGAAAGUCCAGGCAGGGGCAGGAAAAUAGCGACACCUCAUCCGGGUCUCAAAGGCCAGCUUUGGAAUCCACCAGCAAUGGGAGCAACGGCUCAGCGUCUCCUGACUCAAAGAGGAAGCGUCUGACCCCAGACAGCCUGACCCGGCCUCUGUCUCCAGACAGCCCAGAGAUCAUCAGCGAGCUGCAGCAGUAUGCAGCUCUGGCGGCUGUGCGAGAGACCGGAGACAAGCCUGCGUUGACCACAGAGACGCAGGGAGGCAGCAGCGGCAGCAGCAGUGCACAGGGGGUCUCCGCAGAACAGCUGCUGAUGAUGCAUGGCUUGAAACCAGGGCCCAGCCUAAGCACACCCGCUUCCAGCCAGCCAGCAGAAAGCAGCAGCAGCGGAAGGAAUAGCAGGGGCGAGGGAGGUGGAGCGGAAGCCCUGGACCUGCAGGGCAGCAAGCGCAAGUGGUCCAGCCCUGCGUGCGACGAGCAGUCGGUAAGCAAGCAGCAGCAGACGAGCAAAAGGACUUCAGUGCCUCGGCAGGGCUACCCGCUCACUGGGGGUUACAACCUUCCACCCAUGGGCCUGAACCCUGCACUCACCAACCCCUUUCUAGCCCAGAUGGGACACCCCAUGUACAUGGGCCCAGGGUCCCCCUACUUCCAAGCCCACGGGCAGAUGGGGGACCCCCGGUUGAUGUUUGCGGACCCCUUCAGCCUCGGGGGGGCGAGCGCCCCCAGCUCAUCGUCCUCCUCCGCUGCUGCCUCGGCCUCCAUGUCCCCCUUUAUGCUCAGCCCCAGCCUGGGCGGGAUGCUCCCGGGCUUCCCACUCCCCUACGGCCAGUCCCUCAUGCCGGAGCCCAGGAUGUAUGCGCCUUACCCGUCUAGCCACCUGCUGCCAGGCGGCCUUCCAGCCACUCCGGGACCGGCCGGGUCAGGCUACCUGCCUGGCUUCCCUCCCCAGACGGACCCUCAGAUUCUCUCGGAGAGUGACAGCAGCUGUUCAGACGACGAUGUGAUCGAGGUGAUGGGACAGUGACACGUGAGGAAGGAGGGGAGAGCAUUCUUGUGUGUGCUUUUUUUUUUUUUUUUUUU